AUGCCUCGAGUCCCAUUUCUUGGGAGGCUUGCCUGGGCCGAGUACCUUGCGCUAUUUGCUUCGCUGUCGUUGGUGUUUUGCGAAGGAUUUUUGCGACUGGUCACAUUGUGCCUUCCCGAUCCCAUAAUCCGCUUCUUUUACCAACAGUCGAAAGCUCUAUUUAAUGCUUUAGCUUCAACUCAGACCAGGGGUUUCCGUGCGAAAAAAAAGAGUGUCGCAGAAUCAAUUGCACAAACAGUCGACUUUGCGGAUUUGUGCUCCAUAUAUGGUUACGAAACAGAGGAACAUAUUGUACAGACAAAAGAUGGUUAUCUUCUCGGUCUUCACCGAUUACCAUACCGUCGUGGGGAGGAGGCCGACUACGUUAAUGCUGGGGAAAAUAGCACUCGCAAAAAAGUCGUCUAUCUUCAUCACGGCCUGCUCAUGAACAGCGAGGUCUGGGUAUGCUUGACUGACGAACAACGAUGCUUGCCUUUCCAGCUCGUUGAGCGAGGGUACGAUGUGUGGUUGGGUAAUAACCGCGGUAACAAGUAUUCCAAAAAGUCGACGAGAAAUUCACCUGCUUCAACCGACUUCUGGAACUUUUCUAUCGACGAGUUUGCAUUUCACGAUAUUCCAGACAGCAUUGAGUAUAUUCUGGAUGUCACCAAACAGCCGUCUCUGUCAUAUAUUGGAUUCUCACAGGGAACCGCCCAAGCAUUUGCGGCGCUCUCUGUUCACCCGACGCUGAACCGAAAAGUGGACGUCUUUGUUGCUUUAGCACCUGCCAUGUCCCCGGCGGGACUAUACAACGGUAUUGUCGACGCGUUGAUGAAAGCUUCUCCACAAGUCGUUUUUCUCGCUUUCGGACGCAGAAGUAUUCUCAGCUCUACCGCUAUGUGGCAAGCCAUUCUGUMCCCGCCGAUUUUUGUGCGAAUUAUCGACAUUUCAUUGAGGAUGCUCUUCAAUUGGACUGGUGAAAAUAUAUCACAACAUCAGAAACUAGCAGCUUAUCCUCAUUUGUACUCGUUCACCAGUACAAAGUCAGUCGUUCAUUGGUUUCAGAUUAUCCGCAACCAGGCGUUUCAAAUGUAUGACGACGAGGUAGGCGGGCCUUUAGCGGUUGGUAAUAAUAGCCGAUACUAUAAGCCCGUGAGAUAUCCUACAAGAAAUAUCAGGUCGCCCAUCGUCUUGAUUUACGGGGGCAGCGACAGUCUGGUUGAUAUCGGUGUUAUGCUACGCGAAUUGCCGCGGCGGACUACGGUACGAGAAAUCCCGAGAUACGAGCAUCUAGACUUUCUCUGGGCAUCAGAUGUGGACGAACUUGUUUUCGGACAUGUCUAUGAUGCACUAGAACGAUAUGCCGGCGGCCAAUCUACGGUGGAAGUCCCGCUGCAAAUCACAGGACCCGAAACCGAUUUCAACGGGGAUCAAUAUUCACUGAGUACUGCAAAGGGCGAAGUGGAGCGGAAUGUACCAUCGAGGCGUCACUUGCGUACAGACUCUCUGAACUCGCUCAACGGUCGUUUUUCACCGACCAAUCUGACUUACGGGGAUCAAGAUUGGCGGAUCGAUCCAAGCAAGGCGCCGGAGGAUGUUGAUCUUGACACGCUGACUUGA